AUGGAAACCGUCAACAACACAGAGUUCCUGGGGGACUUCACACUGGACGGUGACCAUCCUCCAAGAUUGAAAGAAACGAUCAGCAGAGACAGCAUAGUGAUCAACCCAGCACCACCUGCAAGGUACCUGCUGAAGACCAAGCGGAAGGAUGUGGAUGGGAGGGACGGAGUCCGGAGAUGGACCAUAGGAAACCACAACCCUUGCAAGAGAAACAAGACCCUGCUGAUCCUAGGAGAGGUUGGGGCAGGGAAGACCACACUAGUCAACGCUAUGGUCAACUUCACCAUCAGAGUUAAGUGGGAGGAUAACGCCAGGUUCCAAAUCACAGAGCGUUUCAAAGACAGAGAGACGUGCUGGGGUCAGGAUCCUAGAACCAAUGCUGUGACGUUCUAUGAGAUCUUUGGCUGGGAGGACGCUGAGUUGCCUUUCUCUCUCACCAUCAUUGAUACACCUGGGAUAGAGGACAGAGAUGGACUCAGACCUUUGAUAGAGAAAUUAAGAAUGCUGCAGGAAGAGGAGAGAGUGGACCACAUCGACGCUGUCUGCCACGUGGUGAAGGCAACGCAGAACCGUCUGACAGAACAUCAGAGAAACAUCUUUGACGCGUUCCUGUCCCUCUUGGGCAAGGACAUGAAAGACAACAUCAUCACCAUCAUCACUCACUCUGACGAGACCAGACCGGAUGUUCUCGACAUCAUCAUGGAGUACAACUCCUCGGCGACAAGGUUCCGGUUCACUUCACGUUCAACACUCACCUCUUUCAGACCAGAAACCCUUUCUAUGACAAAAUCUAUGAGACAACAUGGGAAAACGGCAUGAAAAGCAUGAGAGGAUUCUUUGACAGGCUAAAUGGAAUGCAACACCAACGCACCAAGCAGACGAUAGAGGUAUUGGUGGAACGCUUGAAG